AUCAGUAUUAAAGAAUUAUUUUUCUGUUUAACAAAAUAGGUUUACAAACUAAAUCGACGUCCAACGUAAAAAUCAUGAAAAAUAAUUCAAAAAUUAUUAAGUUUUAAAGUGAAAAUCGUUUGCAUUGAUGGCGAACCACUAAAAGUAUAAAAGUUUGAUAACAUGUUUUUUAUUCAAUACUCGUCAUUUGAACAAUUACACCAGUCAUAAUUCGAUUAAUAACCCAAACAAAUAUUUUUUAACUAUGUAGGUAAUAAGUGAGAGAAAGAGAGAAAUUAAAGUUCAUUGCAAAUGAAUUUCCCCACUUCAGGAAGGAAAAAUGCGAAAAACAUAACGGAAAAAUCAAAUCAGUUUGCGGUUUUUUCUCAUUUUACCAAGGGCCAGUGAGCAACAAUUUUACUAUUUUACCUUGCACAGAAAAAUGAUUCAGUCCAUCACCAAUAAUCAAACUAAUCACUUAUCGAUCGUUUCGGAUCAUUAACAACCGUUUCAGACAUUUCCCCAUUUUAUUUAAUCUGCCUUUUUUUAAAUUUGCAUUAUCGUUGUUCAGUGCACAAAGGAAACUGCGUGGCACGCAACCAAUGAAAAUAUCGUGAUGCAAAAAUCGGUCUAAUUUGAAAUAAUCAAAACUAGAAAAUAACAACCGUAACGAUGAGGUGCCAAAAGAAAGUCGUCCUUACUUCCUAUAUCAUCGGUGAUAACCCAGAGAACAUAGUUAAUAUAUUUCAGCAAUUUCAAAUGACUAAAAACGAUAAAUGGGAAAAUUCCGAUGUUAUUAUGGACAACGAUAUAGCAACCAGUGAAAAGAGAAUUUCUGAUACAACUUUGGACCUAACGGAAAAUUUGCGACAUCGAUCUGGCAGUCUAAUCUAUCCUCCAAGGGAAACAUUUUCGAUGAAAGAAUGGAUGAAAUAUCAUGCAAGAAAAACAUGUAGUACAAAGACUUUAAAAAAGAGAGUGCCAAUAUUUGGUUAUUUGCCAAAUUAUACUUGGGAGACAGCACUAUCCGACUUCCUAGCUGGACUUACUGUGGGACUUACCAUCAUCCCACAAGCCAUCGCUUAUUCCAGUGUUGCAGGACUACCUGCCCAAAUUGGUCUGUAUUCCUCAAUUGUUGGUCCAUUUGUCUAUGCAAUUUUCGGAAGCAGCAAAGAUUCACCCAUAGGUCCCACAGCCAUAGAAGGGUUGCUGGUUAGGGAAAACAAGCACGAAUUGGGAGUGGCAGGAGCAAUUUUACUAUGCUUCCUUAGUGGCUGCGUGGAACUGGCAAUGGGAAUAUUGCAUCUAGGCUUCUUAAUAGAUUUUAUAUCUGGCCCAGUAGCUGUAGCUUUUACUUCUGCAGCUGCUAUUAUAGUAGCCACCACGCAGGUAAAGGAUUUGUUAGGAUUAGACCAUCCAGGGGAUAAUUUUCUUCUUGUGUGGAAGCAAAUUUAUGAACAUAUUACAGAAAUAAGUGGACCCGAUUGCGCCAUGGGAUUUCUGGCUAUUAUAUGUUUAGUGAUAUUAAAAAAGCUCAAAGAUAUCAAAUAUCUUCAACAAGGAAGCGAAGAAAACUCCACGUUCCACAGAAUCUUAAAUGGGGCCUGUUGGUUCUUAGCCACUUCUAGGAACCUUCUGGUGGUUGUUAUAUCUGCAUCAGUAGCUUACGCUUUUGAAUCGCAAGGCACAUCACCAUUUCGUUUAACUGGUUUUGUCAAGCCGGGUUUACCAAGCGUUAGUCUGCCACCAUUUAGUACCGAAGUGAAUGGUAAAAGUUACACCUUUUUCGACAUGGCCUCAACUCUCGGAUCUGCCAUCAUCAUUGUUCCUAUUUUAUCAAUUUUGCAGAAUUAUGCCAUUGCCAAAGUCUACAGUGAAGGCCGGUCAAUAGACUCAACACAGGAAAUGUUGGCUCUAGGAUUCUGUAACAUUGCAUCUUCAUUUGUAAGCUCGAUGCCAGUAUCUGGGGCUCUAUCCAGAGGAGCGGUGAAUCAUGCGAGCGGUGUUAGAACCACAUUUGGCGGAGUCUAUACGGCUAUUGUAGUAAUUUUAUCGUUAAAAUUUCUUACUCCCUGGUUCUACUAUAUCCCUAAAGCAGCCCUUGCAUCUGUUAUUAUUGUGGCUGUAGCUUUUAUGAUAGAGUUGCAUGUUUUAGGACCCAUAUGGAAAACAAAGAAAAUUGAUCUCAUCCCAGCCUCAGCGACAUUUUUCGGAUGCUUAUUUACCAGACUUGAAAUUGGAAUUGGUAUUGGAAUAGCGAUCAAUUUAGCAUUUUUGCUUUAUGCGACAGCUCGACCUUCAAUUAACAUUGAAAAAUCUAAGACGAAUGUGGGCCACGAUUACCUUCUGAUAACACCUGACAGAAGUGUUCUCUUUCCAUCGGUAGAAUUUGUUAGAAAUGUGAUCACAAAAGCAUCUAUAAAGAAAGGUUUAAGUGCAGUUCCUGUUGUUAUUGAUGCAAAACACAUUCAAGCUGCGGAUUAUACAGCCGCAAAAGGUAUGAAGCUGCUAAUUAGUGAUUUUGCCAAUAGAAAUCAACCGAUUGUUUUCAUGAAUCUGAAGAAGUCAGUCAUAACCACCUUCAAGGGAGUCAAUCCCGAGAGUUUCGUUUAUUGCCAAACGUUCGAUGAACUAAAUGAAUGUAUAGAUGCGUUUACCACUAAAACUAUAUCUCUUGAUGUGGACUUGAUGAAUGAUCAAAGUUUAACCAAAUAUUCAACCAAGUUAUAACUAAUAUCAUAACAUUACUAACUUUAGUACGAUAUUAUCAGCUUUUACAUUAAAAGAAAAUGUAUAUUAAAAUUAAAUGUAUAUUAAAAAAUUAUGUUUGAGCACAUCAUUUUCAAUUAUGUCCUCUAAUGCUAAAAAAAUGUAAUGUUUCGAAAAAAUAAUUUAUGAACUAUUUAACAGUUAUCUCCUGUGAUUUACUUAGUCAAAUGCACCUAUAUAAAUAAAUUAUUAAAUUAGUAAUUAACAACGAUCUGUAAUUCGUGCUUAGCACUGUGAAUUUGAAUUAACGGCAGAUCGAAAGUGUACGUAUGAUUGUAAAUAAAUUGGUUAAAACGUUGAUAAA